AUCGCGCCUGCGCAAUGCUCUCUUCCCCCGCAGUCUCUGACCGUUGAAGCCGGGGACCGCGGCGGCCUCUGCUAGGACCCUCCGCCCCGGAGCCACCGGCCGGAGCCGCAGCCUCAGCCGCAGCGCCCCGCCGCCUGUCCCCCCUCCCCCGCCGCCUCCGCCGGAGCAGCCUCGCGCACUCUGGGGUAUGGCCGUCAAUGUGUACUCCACAUCUGUGACCAGUGAAAAUCUGAGUCGCCAUGACAUGCUUGCAUGGGUCAAUGACUCCCUGCACCUCAACUACACCAAGAUAGAACAGCUCUGUUCAGGGGCAGCCUACUGCCAGUUCAUGGACAUGCUCUUCCCUGGCUGUGUGCACUUGAGGAAGGUGAAGUUCCAGGCCAAGCUAGAGCAUGAAUACAUCCACAACUUCAAGGUGCUGCAAGCAGCUUUCAAGAAGAUGGGUGUUGACAAAAUAAUUCCUGUAGAGAAAUUAGUAAAAGGAAAAUUCCAAGAUAAUUUUGAGUUUAUUCAGUGGUUUAAGAAAUUCUUUGACGCAAACUAUGAUGGAAAGGAUUACAACCCUCUGCUGGCGCGGCAGGGCCAGGACGUAGCGCCACCUCCUAACCCAGGUGAUCAGAUCUUCAACAAAUCCAAGAAACUCAUUGGCACAGCAGUUCCACAGAGGACAUCUCCCACAGGCCCCAAAAAUAUGCAGACCUCUGGCCGGCUGAGCAACGUGGCCCCACCCUGCAUCCUGCGGAAGAAUCCCCCAUCAGCCCGCAACGGUGGUCAUGAGACUGAUGCCCAGAUUCUUGAACUCAACCAGCAGUUAUUGGAUUUGAAGCUGACAGUGGAUGGGCUGGAGAAGGAGCGUGACUUUUACUUCAGCAAACUCCGAGACAUUGAGCUCAUCUGCCAGGAACACGAAAGUGAGAACAGCCCUGUUAUCUCGGGCAUCAUUGGCAUUCUCUAUGCCACUGAGGAAGGAUUUGCACCCCCCGAGGACGAUGAGAUUGAGGAACACCAACAAGAAGACCAGGACGAGUACUGAGAGCAGCUCCAGCCCUGGCUGACUACACGGCUUCCCCGUGCCACCCCACCCUGCUCCCACCCCACAUUAUAAUCCUCUCCUUACAGUGGUCGGCCAGGUGCUUCAUGUCAGUGCUGCAGCGCUGGGGCAUCAGGCAGCUGGGCUUGGGGGGAAGGGGCAGCUGAGCAGGCAGAGGCCCCGUCCUCCAUGGCACCAGCCCAGUCGGUGGACCUCUGCCCACUCCCCCCCCUAUUUAUUUCCGUUGUCUCUUCGCUGUGUUGGCCCACACUUCCCAGCCAGCCGCCUGCUCCCCUGACAGCCAGCAGCUGUAUAUUUGACAAAGUCAUUGGUAUAUUUUUACUUACUGGAUUUUCCUUGCACUUUACCUGUUCUUUCCCCAGGGCUGACAGCGUGGGCUCCAGGGCAGUGUGCCUGGCUUGGCUUCCCUCCCCCAUUUCUGGGAGCCGCAGCAGCACUCACCAAUUCUUAUUUAUUUUGUCUUCUGUCUUCCCAGUAAUUGAGGGGAAGGCUGAUGUCAGGAGAGGGACGGGGGACUGAGGACAUGUGCCUUAGGUCCCCAGUGGUCAGGGAGAAGGAGGGGAGCAUGAGGGAUGAAAAGGACCUCCUGGCACCAGGCUUACCCCACCCUCAGCCCCCUGCCCCAGCACCUGAAGCCCAAUCCUGCCCUGAGGCCCCAGCCACUCCCUCUGCAGCUUGGUUCAUACCACACAGACUCUGCUUGGACCCUCCUGUACGUCUGCCUCCCAUCCGCCCUUCACCCCAACCCAUGCCCCUUGGGCCACCCAGCCUGCAUACGUGUUCACUUUUAUUUAAAUAAACUUGUGUGGUAAAAGUC